GCACCACUUCACGCUCGACUGUUUCGCAAUGGUCCUGCCUGAGAUUGCGGCCACGCUGCCGCUCAUUCUCGCGCCCGCUCUGGGCUUUGCGUUUGCUGCGCUCUAUGUCUACCAGGUUUCCCAGGUUUCUCUGGAUGACCGCAGAGGCUCGAUCCAGGAGGAGGAGGCCGGCCUUGUCGGGUCUUCCGGCGCGGCGACGCCCGCGCAGAUGAAGCGUAUCCGUGAGAUCACCAGCUUUAUCACGCGCGGAGCGCGUUCGUUCCUCUUUGCCGAGUACCGCUACAUGGCUGUGUUCAUUGUGGUCUUCGGCCUCAUUGUGCUCAUCUCGCUUGGCCUUGCUUCGCCGCUCGGCUGGCCCGAUGGUGUGUUCACUGCCAUCUCGUUUGUUGCCGGUGCGAUCGCGUCGAUUGUUUCUGGCUACAUCGGCAUGUCGAUUGCGGUGUACGCCAACGGGCGUGUUGCCGUCUCGGCCAUGGGCCCGCAGGUUGCGCCCGGCCGUCCGGACAACGCGUACCGCCGUGGCUUCACUGUUGCGUUCAAGUCUGGCGCCGUGAUGGGCUUUGCCCUCUGCGCGCUCGCGCUCAUUGUGCUCUUUGUGCUUGUGUGCCUCUUCUACCUCCGCUGGCCGUACCUUGAGGGCGAUAACCUCAAGGUCCGCUUUGACCGCACUGUUGCCCUCUACGAGGCGCUCGCUGGCUUUGGCCUCGGCGGCUCGUCGAUUGCGCUCUUCGGGCGCGUCGGUGGCGGCAUCUACACCAAGGCUGCCGACGUCGGUGCCGACCUUGUCGGCAAGGUCGAGCAGGGCAUUCCCGAGGACGACCCGCGCAACCCGGCCGUCAUUGCCGACAACGUCGGUGACAACGUCGGUGACGUUGCCGGCAUGGGUGCCGACCUGUUCGGCUCGUUUGCCGAGGCCACCUGCGCCGCCCUUGUGGUUGCGUCGACCUCGCCGUCGAAGGAGCUCGCCCUCGACUGGACCGCCAUGAACUACCCGCUCAUGAUCUCGGCCGGCGGCCUCCUCUCGUGCUUCCUCACCUCGUUUGUGGCCACGCACAUCGCGCCGGUCACCCGCAAGUCUGAGAUCGAGAAGUCGCUCAAGUACCAGCUCUUUGUCUCGACCAUCAUCAUGACCCCCGUGCUGUACGGGCUCUCCGUCGGGUACCUCCCCAAGGAGUUCUGGGUCGGCCGCUGCGGCGACUGCUGGGACACCCGUGGCCUCCCGAUCACCGUCGACGAGCUCUGCGGCGCCAUCAAGACGUGCCAGAAGGUGCAGUCGUACUACAUGUUUUUCUGCGGCGCGGCCGGCCUCUGGUCGGGCCUUGCCAUCGGUCUCAUCACCGAGUACUGGACCUCGCACACCUACCAGCCCGUGCGCAACCUCUCGCGCACGUGCGGCGAGACCGGUGCGGCGACGAACAUCAUUCUUGGCCUCGCCCUCGGCUACAACUCGGUCAUCAUCCCCUCGAUCUGCAUUGCGGUCACCAUCUACGUCUCGCAGCGCCUCGCCGGUAUGUUCGGCAUCGGUAUUGCCGCCCUCGGCAUCCUCUCGACUCUCGCCACCGGCCUCACGAUCGACUCGUACGGCCCGAUCUCCGACAACGCCGGUGGUGUUGCCGAGAUGUGCGAGCUCGGUGACUCGACUCGCGAGCGGACCGACGCCCUCGAUGCUGCCGGCAACACGACGGCCGCCAUUGGCAAGGGCUUCGCCAUCGGCUCGGCUGCCUUUGUCUCGCUGGCCCUCUUCGGUGCCUUUGUCACUCGCGCUGACAUCGAGGUCGUCGACCUCAUGGCUCCCUUCCCCUUCGCCGGCCUCCUCAUCGGCGCCAUGCUCCCGUACUGGUUCUCCGCCAUGACGAUGGGCGCCGUCGGCCGUGCCGCCGACGAGAUGGUCCACGAGGUCCAGCGCCAGUUCCGCGAGAUGCCCGGUCUCAUGGAGGGCACCACCCUGCCCGACUACGAGCGCUGCAUCACCAUUUCGACCACCGCGUCGCUCAAGGAGAUGAUCGCCCUGGCGCUCUCGUCAUGAUCACCCCGCUCUUUGUCGGCUGCAUCUUUGGCGUCGACGCCCUGGCUGGUGUCCUCGCCGGCAUUCUCGUCUCUGGCGUCCAGAUCGCCAUUGCCUCGUCCAACUCGGGCGGUGCUUGGGACAACUGCAAGAAGUACAUCGAGGAGGGCAAGUACGGUGGCAAGAACUCGGAUGCCCACCACGCUGCCGUCAUCGGUGACACCGUCGGUGACCCGCUCAAGGAUACCUCGGGCCCGUCGACCAACAUCAUCCUCAAGCUCUCGGCUGUCGAGUCGCUCGUCUUCGCUCCGCUCUUCAUGAAGAUCAAGGAUGGUAAGGGUCUCGUCGGCUACUUCUAAGCUGUCGCCCCCAAUCUUAAAAUUUUCCAAUCGAGA